CGCGCGUGGACUUUGUAAGCUGACGCAUCAGAGCCAUUACAUGAUUUUCAUCUUGGUUGACUGUAUGAGACAGCAAUACAAGCUCAAGAGGCGCUUCUUUAUUUCGAAAUUGUGGUGAGAUCAAGGAAAUAUAUCACUAGGGACGUCAGAAGCUUACUAUCAGCCAUGGCGCACUUGCACAUGGCACGCCUAGUAUGGUACAGUGUCUUCAGAGUAACUAUCUUUCAUCUAAUCUGCUCAGCCUUUGCUUCUGAGGAGCGCGUGAUUUCUGUGCACACGGGCAGCAGCAGUCGACUUUUGCAGGGGGCCACUACCCGUGGGCAAAUUGAUUUCCCUUAUUGCAGGUGUGAGACUUACAGCUGUCGCUGCUCGCCGUACGGUAUAACAUAUCUGGGUGCAUCGGAAGUUACUACGGCAGCGGCAGCUGCUGGCACGAAGCACUGCUUCGCGGUUGGGUACGUGGGUUGCGCUGCGGCGAACAACACCUGCUGCGAGGCUCUGAACCGCAACGUGUACAAGAUGUCCAUCGCGAUAGGCGCAGGAUGUACGAAGCCCGUCAUGAGUAGUGUGGAGGUCAAUAGCCGCAAGUGGCUGAGCUGGACUACGUCGGCCACCGAGCGGGGAACGGAUGCAAACGGUACGGUCGUAUUCGGGUACGACGUCCGUAUCUACAACAUGCAAUUCAACAUGACUACAUUCCCCGGGAGCACCGUCUGCAUAACCACCACGGAGCCCUGCUCCGGCAUCCAACAGCUGUGUGACAGCACCGCAGGGACCUGCAAGGUCGCAUUUUUCGACACCCACGACGCGUCGCGGUACUGCCCUGUCUGUCCGGUCUCAAUGCUUCAGCCACCACCAUCACCACUUUCACCCCAGCUCUUCGUGUGCGGCGCAUUCGAUAUGCCUGCUGACACCCCGGCCAUGGAGAACGUCAUUAGCGAGUUGACGUCGCGUUGGGUUGCUUCUGUAAUGGGAACACCUGCGGUUCCCGGAAUGGGCAACACUGCAGAAUGUCCGGUGGGACUAGAAGGCUACAAUUUCAUAGGGUGGGUUGAGACAGAUGAUGUGCGUUGCCCAGGGGCCUAUUCGGAGAAGAAAUGCGAUGAGCGUUUCAGGCCAUUCCCGCCAUCACCAUUGCCACCGUGGAUGCCGCCGUCGCGACCACCACCAUCCCUAGUUAAGACACAUAACUGCUCCCAGGCAACCGCUCAGACGCCUUUCUUCCUGAACAAGGUUGAGUCAAUUAUCACCACGGACGACAGGAGCGGCAGACAGCUAGUUGCCAUGUGUACAGCAAUCGGAGCGAAGGACUGCAACCUUACAUCCAGGUGCUGUGGUAUGGAUGCGGCCAAGGUCGAGGUCAUCAUGAAGCCCUCGUGCCAGGGCGCCCUCCGUAGCAUCACCGUCAACGGAAAGGAAAUUGCUUACAGCCGAAGCUUCUACCCGGACUUUACAUCGCUCAAGUUUGUGAAGCUGCCGACCACCCCUGAAGGCUUUUGCUACAAUGGACGGUGCCAGAUGCACCGGACACCAUUUUUGUUUUAUUUUGAGCGUGUCGCAUGCCAUGCAAGCAUCUUUUCGUCAAAUAACAAGUGCUGCCCGACCUAUCUGGUUUGA